AUGAUGCGGUGGCCACCGCAGAACAUCGUAGCUCCGAUUCCUCCUACUGUGUCCAGGUCCAAGAUGAUGUCGUCAAUUGCUCCAGGUAGAACGGCGUUGUGGAUCGUUUGCCCAAGGCGGCCAUAAGGAUCCCUAUGGUCAUUAUUAUUUUUGCGCCUCUCCCCGAGAUAACCAAGUGCUCCCCCCAGCUGACAGACAGGAAACUCCUCGAGUGACCUGUGUCGAUGACCGCUUCCGCGGGCGCUCCACCCAACGAGAUUAGGGCGUAAAGGCGGCCGCGUUCUUGCCUCCAGAUUAUUGGUUACUCGGGGGCUUCAUCGCGCCUAUUCCCUGGCGAAGCAGCACUCUAUUGUUCGUAUGUUUUCCCGGCCACACUUCCAACAGCACAGCUUCCGUGGGUUACGGCACCUUCGGGCGAAGUGUCCCUCUUGACCACACCACACCUCCUGCAUGUGUUGCCGAUAUGAAAAGUUUGAGUCGCAGCUAUUGAGGGGGGUAGGGUUCUCACCGCGGUGUUAUACGGUGCUUCUCGAUGAUGUUGUGCUUUUCGAUGAUGGCAGUCGCUGCUGAAAUGCCUGUCUUGGCUGGGGUGGUCAUGAGAUCGUCACCAACGUGCCUAGUUAUUUCUCGUCGUGAUGCUUCUAGGACCCGCCGAUGGCUUUCGUAAAUGUUUUCAUAUUCUUCUGCGAGCGUGAGGAGUUCCCUGGAAGUACUAUAAUUUUAUCGCUUGAUGUACAGCAAGUUGUCGGGGUGGCUGUUGCGAAAAAUCCUUUCCAGCCAUUGUUCAUUGCUGUAACCCGCGUAUCGCAUCAGGUUUUGAAUCGCGAUCACGUCGGCCAGCUCCUCUAAUCGUUCUUCAAACGCCAACGGGUCGCGUCCUCCAUCGUAUAUCACCGACCACUUGCGCACCUGGUCAAUGACGGGCGCAACAGUAAUGGUAGGUACCUGGUUGCCGUUGGUUAGUAGGUCAGCGCUUGGUGCGAUGGAUGUCGUUGGUGGGUGUUGCGGUAGCGGUUGUGUACUCAGUGGUGGAUGUGCUAACAGGCUCUGCAUUGGCAGCCUAACGGACGCAUUAGCGGUCCUUUCGCCUUGGUUCAUGGGUAACGGUAUCUUUGGUUCACUUUCGUCUCCCCAGGAGGCCUCGUGUUCGUUGUAUGCUGCUUCCAUCGCGAGAAAUUUUGCGUGAAGCUCCAGGUCGACGAUUGCUUUGGUGGUCCAUGCCGCUAUGCGUUUUCGAAUGUCUCGAGUGGUGCCUGUGUGUUCGAUGCCCAAUUCCUGCGUGAUUUACACCAACUGCUUUUUAGAUAUGCUUUCCAGCCAUACUAUGCUCACGGGUUCCUUCAUGGCCGGUUUAGUUAUCGGUUGCGAAAUGUUCUCUUUGUAGUGUACUAUUUGCAGGGUCCCUGCUCGGGCGCCAAUUGUAACAAAGCGCUUUAUUCUGAAGGCCCCGACGCUUCUGUUUUCUGUGCUACGGUAUACUCGCUGUGCCCAGAGUCCGCUACAAUAAAUUUAUAUUGUGGGGUCUUUGCAAAUAGUCAGGGUUGUUGUGGAAACUGACCUUUGUCGGAAUCGGAAUUGAAACCGAUGAAAAAUUCGCGUUGGUGUCAUGCAUUCCGAUAUUAUCGGUUUGAUGUUUGAAUCGGAAUUAAUAUCGGUUUUUGGUGUCAUAGAAACUAAUUUUAUCGGUUUGCUUAUCGGAAAUAAACCAAGCAGCUUAUCGCUGUCAGAAUUUUAUUUGAGUUUUGUUCUUUCUUGGUGGAUAUUUUGCUAAUAUGGGAUAACACAAGAACAAUGUACAAAAUUCCAUUAUAGUGGAAUUCAUGGAAUAUAAUCCCGAUAUCGCAAAGGGCUACACGAAACGCGAUAAGCCCUUUGUUAAUGCUCUUUGGGAAAAGUUAACAAAUUCCCUAAAUAGCGCAGGCCCACCCCAAAAGGAUGCUAAUGGAUGGAAGAAGACGUGGACUGAAUGGAAGAGUGAAAUUAAAAAAAAAAUUUCACACAACAAAUGCGAAGCUCGAGCUACUGGUGGGCCCUUUACCAAACACCAAUUAACACAAUUAGAAGAAUCGGUUGUACGUAUAUGUGGAAUUGCUCAAUCGGUCUAUGGUGUUACAGGCGUUGCACUUGGCCAAACAGAAUCUGCGAAGGACCUUCUUAUCGAUGAAACGAACAACGAAAUGGCCUCAACUUCAUCUAAGCGGCAAGUGGAGCCUUCUAAUUUUUCUAGCACCCCAAACGAAAUACCAUCAACGUCAAAUAAGCGACAAAUGGAGCCUUCCACUAUUUGUAGCACCCCAAAAAGGCCAAGAGUGGAAAGCACAGGGCAACGUUUCAAGAAAUUUUUAGAUGAGGAAACCGAAAUAAAGUUGGAAAUGAACGAGAAGUUGGAUGAGCUGAUCAAAAUUGGAAAAGAAAACCAAAGAAGUUUUAGACGUAUGUAUCGUGCUGUCGACAACUUUGUGAGCGUCAGUACGCAAAUUUUAACAGUGCUGCAAGAAAGAAAUCAAAUUGAAAAAACAGCGACUAGAUCUCCAAAAACAACCAAAUGCUAAUAAGUGGUCUCAUUUUUAAUGAAAAAUAGUUUUUAAGUUUUAAGUACCUUGUAA